AUGUAGUCUUUCAUGUAACGAGUGUUGUUGGAGAUAGGGAUUCAUUAAGGAGAGAUAAUGUGACGCUUUCUUCCCAACGUAAUAUUUAUAGCUGUGUGCAGUAGGGUUGAUGACGUUCGAUAGUGCCGAUAUAAAGUGUUGAUUGCAGAAUGAACUUCGUAAAUCUGAAGCUAUUUUUAGUUUCUCAAAGAGUAUCUCCGUUAAUUCCGCCAGAAAUCACGUCGUGAAAGAUUAUCAGAUAGAAUGGAAUCGACGAAUGAUGAGGAAAGCUCUGAUCUUAUCAGUUGUGACGAAUUAGACAACAGCCAACUGGACCGAUUAAGCGUUCAAGUCUCUUCGUUGGAAAAACUGGUUGAUUACUGUGCGGAGGAAUUCAGUGGAGAUGUACCAGAGCCUUUUCUUUCAAAUGCUGUGUUCAUGACACACAAAUGGUUUAUUUCAUCAGAGGAAUUACUUAGAAAGUUCAUGCAAAGGUACUCAGAUCAUUCACUUGUGAAUAGCGAACACAUCAGGAAAUUUAAAAGAAGUAUCUGCUCUGCUGUUGGAUUUUGGAUAUCAAAUUACUGCUCUGACUUCAAAAAAGAUGAAGAACUCACUUUACUAGUAAAGGAAUUUAUGGAGGAAGUGGAAUGCGAGGAAGAGAAGAAAAUCAUUCAUCUGUCCAACAUAUGUGCUGAGGAGCUGAGAAAUCGCACCCUGAGUGCUGAACAUCCACCAUUGGAUCAACGAAAAAGUUCUUUGGCAUUCAAGGACUUAUCAGCCCACACUAUUGCAGAGCAGUUGACUUACCUUGAAUAUAGAAUGCUACGCAGAAUACCAUUUUCAGAGUGGAAGACUUAUGUUUGCACUGGGAAGUUAAUGAAUACGACUUACCUUGAGAGAUAUGUGGCACUAUUCAAUGGUGUAUCAAGAUGGGUGCAGGCCAUGGUUCUGAACUGUGUUACACCUCAGGAGAGAGCUAUAUGUAUGGAGAAAUUCCAACAAACAGCUAGGCAUUUAAAGGAACUCCAGAAUUUUAAUGGCUUAAUGGCAGUGGCAGGUGGACUAACAAACACAGCAUUAUCUCGCUUACGGCAAACUCAAGAGUUACUCUCACAAGACUGUAAAGAGUACCUUAAGCUGUUAAUGGAGUUAUUGUCUUCCGAUGGAAACUAUGCAUCCUACAGGAAAACUUUAAACAUGUGUACUGGAUUCCACAUCCCUAUUUUAGGAAUUCAGUUGAAGGAUCUCAUCGCACUGCAAGUUGUUUUACCUGACAGUGUUGAUGGACACCUUCUUAAUUUGCAAAAGAUGGUGCGUCUGUCACACAUCAUGUCACAUGUGCUGCUGGUUCAAAACACUGCACCAUCAGUACAACCAAAUUCAGAACUUAUUAAAAUGCUGCGGGUGUCAUUGCAACCCAGAGUCACUGAGGAAGAGUUAUAUGAAUUAUCACUUGCUAGAGAACCAAAGAACCACACUCAUUCUAGCUGUGGCAGUCUCGGAAGUGUAGAGUCAAAUACUGAACAAGGUGUGAUGUUUGCUGAUUGGGCAGCUGGACUAUUGAACACAACGCCUGACCCUCAGACAACUGAGAGACAUGUCUCAUCCAUGGUGGAGGCUGUCUUCAAAAUUUAUGACACAAACAAAGAUGGUUCAAUAUCAGUAGAGGAGUUUGAUGCCAUAGCUACCAAUUUCCCCUUUAUUGAUUCAUUUGGAGUUCUGGACAUUAACAGUGACGGUGUUAUCAGUCGAGACGAGAUGAAGAACUACUUCAUGAAAGCAAACUGUCACGAACUAAGCAAGGGCUUCUCACACAACUUUCAAGAAACGACGUACUUCACACCAACCUUUUGUGACCAUUGUGCUGGCAUGCUGUGGGGAGUCAUCAAGCAAGGAUAUAGAUGUAAAGUUUGUCAUAUCAACUGUCACAAAAACUGUAAAGGAGAAAUAGUUAGAGGAUGUCGUCAAAAACCUUCGUCACAAUUGAAUGGAAUCGAUGGUAAAUCUCUUCAUAAGUCAGAGACCUUACGAAUAACAAAAUGGAAAAACAAAAUGAAGCUUCAAAAACACUUAUCUGAGGAUUCACUUAAGUCUGUUAACGGCGAGAGUGUUAAUGUCCCAGUAGAUCAGUACAAAAAGCUUCUUAAUGCUCAACAGGAAAAUGAAGCACUCGUGGCGGAGAAUGACCGACUUCAAAAGGACUUAGAAACCACUACGCACAAGCUAAACUUAUUACAAAAUCAUUUGAACUCUUUGAGGCAAAAUACUGUGACCUUUAUUUUGGAUCAAAUGGACGCUCUACAAAUGCAAAAGGAUACAGAGGUAUAGCGAAGGAAUCAUACGUGAAUAGCAGUGAUUGACCGACACAUCGACCCGUUAGUCAAUGUAGUUGUGCAGUAAUGAAAGAAUGCAUGACACAGUUAGAGAAAGGCUGAAGUCACUGGAGAUAUUUGGAAACAUUUAACAAGGCGAUUUAGUUGGCAUGACUUUCGCAUAUCAUCGCGAAAAGUUUCAAGUCUUCUAAGGUGGAUUUCUCUUUUUUCCUCUAGUUGUAUUAUACAAACUCCGCGAUGUUAUGACCCCGUCCCGUCCCGCCCCGUCCCGUCCUUGUCCCGUCCCGUCUUAACCCGUCCUUGGUUAGGCUCGAUUUCUUCCUCAGUCACUGGAAGGUUUGACUCCUGAUUUUGUUAAAAACGCUUUUCUAACUAAAUGUUCCUCACUAUUUUGUAAGGAAAAUUCAUGAAUAGAAAAAAAUCCGUUUUAAUCAAGGGAUAUUAAGGAUUUCUAUGAAGAAAACAAAGCAAAGUCUUAAUAUUUACAAAGAUGCUAUAACCAAGUGCUUAUGUUUCUCUGAGUGAGGCCCAGUCUUCGUUGCACCAUCCAAGUUAAUUAUUAGCACAUUCCUGAGUCCAAACUUAACUCGAGGAUUGGACAAACAUAAGGGCCCUCAUACUUAUUUCGAGUUUGUUAGUAACGGAAAGCACUGUGCUUUAAACAUUGUCAGUAGGCGUUUAGCAUUAUUAGACACGUGACCCAUGAAUUCAAAAUGCGUAUCAUCCGCAUCUUACAAAUCACCUGCGCAAGUCAGUUACAUUCAGUGGUUACUGUAGUGAAAAAGCAACAUACAUCAUACUCGAGAGGUUAUGGUUGUGUGUACGCUGUAUCUUACUAAUGCUGAUGACAUUUUUCUCUUUCAUUUAAUUCUUCCCUAUCAUAGAAUUACCAAUAAAAUUCCAUAAAAGAAGACGUAAAGUAACUAACAGCCGGAAUAGGUCUUUAUUCUGUUGUUUAUUAUAGUUAAAAUUUUUUAAAACGCUCAUUUUUUCGGAAUAGAAGUAUAUUGUAAAUUACAGUGAAAUUCUUAAACGAUCAAUUAUUCGUAGAGGCUUGGCUUUUUUAGUUACCAAAUAUAUUUAAAAGGUGUAUAAGAUCGAUUAGGUUGUUUCUAGACAAGGAAACAUUAAGUUAUAUAUUAAGUUUUGUGAUUUAAAUUAUUUGCUGAUUUAAUAAACAUCGAUAUUAACAUUA